CCAACGUCACUGCCACCGGAGAAUCCGCUCUCCGGACUAAAGAGAACAAGGCUUUCUCCAUAGACAAGUGCAAAAAACACUCGACAAUUAGUGCACAUCGCUUCGGAUAUGAUAACCAAGUGCUUCGUGUAGAUAUAUCGUCUUGCGUGAACGUUGAGAAUGUAUUUUGUAAAAUAGUCGUUUUUCUAACAAAGCAAAAAUUAUGCAUAACAAGAGUAGCGAGUCAAACGGACGUUCUUGCUUGCAAGUUUAACAUUGAUACGCGCGAACACGGGCAAAUGGCGAAUUUCCAGCUGGAAGAUUUGCUGCGGGACGAUCGAAAGGACGCCAACCUUCUUCCCGACUUGAGCAAGGCUACGUGUAACAGCGAGGCGGAGUUCAAGCCCAUUUACGAAUGCUCGCCCGAUUUUAAAAUCAAGCCCGACAAAGUGAGGAAGGACGACGUCAAAGUCCGGGACAGCAUCAAGGAGUUCUCCUGGCGGACGACGAGGAAAGAGCUGCGAGCGAUAUCGAGAGAGUGGAGCUACGGCGAUCCGGUACCACCCGACAUGAGAGUCUUGAAUCUCCAGGAGCUGCAGCAGGUCCCGAUAGACUGGCGAAUGCUGACGCCGCUGCGGCCGAAGCUCCGACAAGACGAGGAAAUGUUCUCUCGAUUGGUAACGAAAAGAGCGGCUGGCGGCUGGCGGCUGGCGUCUGGCGAGCGAGAUUGUAAACGCGAAAUCGAACGCCGCGCGCAGGUGGAGAUGGGUAAGCUGCAGCUGAAGACGCGGGCGCGCGAGCGACGCAGCUUCGUAAGCCCGAUUCGCCGAGCGAAAAACCGCGCCGGGAUAAUCCAGAGCAGCGUGCGCAUUUGCGGCGACUGCGGCGAGGAGUUCUGCGGCGGCGAGUCCUGCGGCGACGUGCUCUACGACGCCUUCAUCCGCGUCACCGUCAGCCCGCAUCCAGCAGCCAAGGCGAGGAGCACCGCCGACGCGGCCGCGAUCAUUGCCGGCAUGAGCGCUGGUCCAGGGCAAUCCGGCAAGAAGAAACGGAAGCACGCCCCGGGAGUGCCGCGCGCCGCUGCCGGCAAGAGAAAAGGAAGCAAGACGCCGCGACUGCUGGUGCGCAAAGGCAAGGCUGGCAAACCUGCACGGAAAGGAAGCAAGCUGAGCGCGGACCAGGUCCAAGGCAAUGCUGGGACCGGUGCUCAUGGAACUCGCAAGUUUCGCCAUAAAUGCACCAAGUAUCGGGGGAGGAAAAGAAAUACUGACUAAUCCAGCGAAUCCUACUUGCUCGUUGUAGAUUUAUCUAUUAGGUAAGUAUUAUUACUAGGAAUGGCAUCUUAACAAUCCGCGAAAGAUAAACAGGUUGCUAUGUUAUGAGUAAUCGUUAUAGUAUAUUAACAAGCUUAACACCUACUAUAAUAAUUUUAUAUAUUUGUUAAGAGCUUACAAAUUUUAUACGAUGUAGUAAGAUAAACUAACUAAAAACUCUUUCUAUUUAUUUAACUUUAUGUCUUAUAUUUGUUGAGUUAGAGAUAUCAUAUCGUAUAUAUGGAUAAUUCUUGGCUAUUUCGAUUGACUUGUGACCCUUCGAUUGACUUGUGAAAAGAAGAUACCUCGGUGUACGUCGCAAUGGCAGCGGGACGUCUUCGUGGUCUUACGCUGAGGCGUCUUUUGAUUAAGGCUACACUUUCCGAUGUGUCGGGCCCUUGAAUUUUAUGAUUGAUUUCGAUAGCAAAAAUCCUCAGGAAUACGCAGGAGCAAGAAUUUUUCAAAAAAAAAAAUACUUUUUGAGAUAUUAGCAAUUGUUUAAACAAAAAGUUAAUAACUUUCGAAAAAAAAUUUUUAUUGUUUAUUGUUGUAAUUAUUUCGAAAUUUUAAGGCAUUAUAAGUAUUUUCAAAAAAAUCCGACUUCGAUAUCUUUAUUAGUUUUUAAAAUACAGUCGUUUGAAAAUUUUUUAUUAUUUUUCUUUAAUUGUUCAUAACUUUUGAUAUAAUUAAUGUAUCGUCUUCAAAAUUUGGGAAAAAUCUCACUUUUAUGUAUACAACAAUUGUGCCAAAUUAAAAAAAAAUCCGUAACCUAAGGGUUACAAGUCAAUCGAAAUAGCCAAGAAUUACCCAUAUAUAGUUUCUGUGCUGCGCAUAGGUCUCAAGUGUUUUAAUUUUGUUUUCACAUUUAAUGUAUACUAUAAUUCUUCGUGUCAUCAGAUAAAUCUUCGCUGAAUAUUAGUUUGCAUUCGCGAGAAGUGCAAGAAAGAAUAGGUAUUAAUAAGUACCUACUUCAGUAUUUUUUUUAACAUGUAGAAUACGUUAGCGCGCAAUGUUAUAAAAAAGAAAAAAUAUAACAUGUUGAAGCGUUUCAUUCUAAAGUAUUAAUGCCGUAUGUAAUAUUUGAA